AUGGAUGCGGUUGGCUUGAGUCUCAUGAAUGAAGCAGUUGGGGGCUCAGAGAAGUGUGUGUCUGCUGUGAGGGAGGCCUUCGGGGCUGCGGAGGCUCUGAUGAUCAGGAACGUCAGUCAGGUGGCCAAAGACUUCAGAUGCUGUCAGACCCCCAAAGACCACCAGGAUCAGGUGGAGCUGAUGCAGAGUCUGGCUGAUAUCGUCAUGGGAACAGUGCAGUACAAUGAGGAAUCAGUGCUGAUGUCUAUCAGUGAUCUGUGUGGAGUGAUGACCAAUCAGAGCGCAGCAUACAACGAGGAGAGGGAGCCUUACCAACGCCUGGUUAAACUCUCACAGAUCUACCGCUCCAGCAGCGAGGAGCCGUGUCUGGACGUCUCUCAUGAGAAAAGAGUGAAGGACCUGAUGGACACCACCGUCCAAUCAGAGAGGAGAGCAGAGAGACAGUGGACCUACCAGACCUGCACCGAGUUCGGCUUCUAUCAGACCUGUGAGGAUGCUUCUUGUCCGUUCUCUGGGAUGGUGACCCUGAGGUCACAGACUGAGAUCUGUCUCGAGCUGUUUGGAAUUUCCCAGAAUUCCCUGCCUGGACGCGUCGCCUUCACCAACCGUUACUACGGAGGAGACGAGCCACACGCACACCGGGUGCUCUACGUCAACGGUGGGGUCGACCCGUGGAAGGAGCUGUCGGUGGGGAACAGGACCGAUGGAGGAGAGGAAGCAGAGAGCGUUUUCAUUCGAGACAGCGCUCACUGUGCGGACAUGUCGAGAGGAAGAGUCACCGACCGCCGCUCGCUGAAGAACGCCAGACAGGAGAUUGAGAAACACGUGGAGAGCUGGCUGAAGACGGCCCAACAGGAGAAGAAAAGGACAGAGUGAAGAUAUUUGAUCACAAACAGAUGAAGCAGUGAAUACAGUUAGCUGCUCUUCAUAAUCAUCAUCAUCAUCAUCAUCAUCAUCAUCAAAAACUAUCUGAGAUGUUGUAAACUUUAUUAAACUAGAUGAUAAUUGUUUUACUUUGUCAAUCAAUACGGAUUUUUCACUUUAUGUAAUGUGUAACUGUUCGGCAGUGGCUCAGUCUGUAGGGACUGGGAGCCGUAGGGUUGCCGGUUCAAGUCCCCAAACCGACCUAAAUAUGGAGUGUGGACUGGUACUUGGAGAGGUUCAGUGGCACUGUCCCUGGUGCCCUUGAGCAAGGCACCUGACACCCCAUUGCUCCCCGGUAUUAGGAUGGGUUACAUGCAUAGGUCCAUUUUCACUGUGUGCUGUGCUGUGUGCGUGAACAUGUGUGUGACAAAUAGAGAGGGUUUCAUCCUCUGAUUCUUAGUGUUAAGAUGUUUUACAACAUGUUCUAAAGGUUUCCAAAUCAUUCAGUAGUUAUUAAAACAUAAUAAAUAUAGUAUAUCAAAUGUUUUAAUGUGUGCAACAAUAACAAGUUAAUACAUAUUUUACUUAAGUAAUCAUAAUGGAAGUGUUAUCGUAUUACCAUUUAUUAAAUCAUUUUCAUUUAUACAUGAUUAUACUAUAUAAUAUUGUAUAAUUAUAUUAUAUUGUAUUAUUUGAUUAUGUUAUUGUCUAUUACAGUAUAUAAUACAACUUGAAAACCAUAAAAUCGAGCUGAGCGCUCAUUGGUGGUUUUUACCAC